UUUGGCGUGCGAGAGUCACGUUUCUCAGUGCGUGCCCGGGUCAGGGACUUUGUGGUUUUGACGGCACCAGUGGAACCUGUGAGGAAGUGGGUUUAAAAGCCAGAGAGCAGGAGGCACCUCUUUACCCAAAGGGUGGUGGGAGUGUGGUACUGCCUGCCCUCCCGUGCUCUGGAGCUGAUAUCUUGGUUUCUUUCAGUCGUCAGCCAGGUGAUCCACUAGCUGCUCUGUGUCAAACAGGCCAGCGGGGCUGGACGGCCUGCUCUGGGCUGUUGGAUUGUGGCUGAUCUCUUGCCUUCUGUCGGAUUUUGCUCAUGGUGGGUGUGUCUGCCCAGGCAUGGCUCCGCCCUGUGCGCCGCUCCAUGCUGGUGGGCCCUGUGCUCCGCUGUGCUGCCCUGCGUCUGCCCCUGCCCACAGUGAGGCGCUGUGCUGCGACGCCCGUCGCUGCCCAGAGGAGGCUGGUGAGUAUGGACCCUCAGUCCGACCGCCCGGGCUCCCAGGGCGGCCCCCACGCAGCGCCACUGGACGGCUCCGCGGACUGCCCCUCCGUGGCAGCGGCCACGCCCACGCCAGUCCCGCCGGAGGAAGGGCACUCUCCGGCCGGACUGGGGAGCGGGCUGGAAAAGGACCUCGCCCACUCGAGAUGGGCCACACCCGUCCACAGUGGCACAGCGAAAACAGAGCCGGGGUCUGCCCCGCCCACCCAGGACACACCCAUGGAUGCGGAGCCCGGGCUGUUGCCCGGAGAGACAGUCAUCAAGGAAGGAAAAGCCUCCAUUCUGUUCCCCAGUGCCAAUGAGGUUUUCUACAACCCUGUGCAGGAGUUCAACAGGGACUUGACCUGCGCGGUCCUCACCGAGUUCGUGCGGGAGCAGCUGUCGGCUCGCGGCGUGCGCGUGGAGGUGCCGGGAGAGGAGAGCCGUGUGGUCGUGCACCUGGCGGAGGACGGCGCGAGCCAGGGGGAGGCCAGGACUGCGGUGGUGGGGGAGUGCUGUGAGGAUGGCCUCAGGGUUUUGGAAGGUCUGGCCGCAUCCGGCCUGCGCUCAGUGCGUUUCGCCCUGGAGGUGCCAGGGUUGCGCAGCGUGACGGCCAACGACUGCUCCUCUCGCGCUGUCAACCUCAUCGCCCGCAACGCCCUGCACAACAGUGUGUCACACCUGGUGACGCCCAGCCACCGCGAUGCCAGCAUGCUGAUGUACGAGGCGCGCGGGCGGAAGGAGCGCUAUGAUGUUAUUGACCUCGACCCCUAUGGCAGCCCUGCCCCCUUCCUGGAUGCUGCCGUGCAGGCCGUGAGCGAGGGAGGGCUGCUGUGCGUGACCUGCACUGACAUGGCGGUGAUGGCGGGGAACUGCGGGGAGACCUGCUACAGUAAAUACGGCUCUGUGUCCAUCAAGGCCAAGUACUGCCAUGAGAUGGCCCUGCGGAUCAUCCUGCACAGCCUGGACCAGAGGGCCGGAGUGUACCAGCGCUUCAUCGAGCCCCUGCUGAGUGUCAGCGUGGACUUCUACAUCCGAGUGUUCGUCAGGGUGCGCACGGGGCAGGCCAGGGUCAAGAGCUCGGCCAGUAAACAGGCUCUGGUGUACAACUGCACUGGCUGUGGUUCCUUCCAUCUGCAGAGGCUGGGAAAGAGGACGAGCCAGGGCAACCAAAUGAAGUACUCUGCUGCCUCAGGGCCUCCUGUCGGCCCGAACUGUGAGCACUGCGGCUACAAGCACCAUCUGGGGGGGCCUAUCUGGGCUGAGCCGAUCCACAGUCCAGAGUUUGUCCAGAAGGUUCUGUCUGCAGUGUCGGCGAACCCAUCCAGAUUUGCGACGUCCCGCCGCAUCGAGGGAAUUUUGAGCGUGAUCACUGAGGAGCUGGAGGAUGUGCCCUUGUAUUACACCUUGGACAGUCUGAGCAGCACGGUGCACUGCAACACCCCUUCACUGCUGCAGGCCAGGUCGGCCCUACUCCACGCUGGACACAGGGUGUCGCUGUCCCACGCGUGCAAGAAUGCUCUGAAGACUGACGCCCCUGCCAGUGCACUCUGGGACAUCAUGAGAUGCUGGGAGAAAAUGAACCCAGUGAAGAGAGAGAAGCUGUCAGAGACGAGCCCCGCCUUCCACAUCCUGUCCACUGCGCCAGUGUCCCUGAAGAGCUUCCUCUGCAAGAGGUUCCACCAGGGCACCUGCACGCAAGGGGAGCAGUGCUGCUAUUCCCACGUCGACCAGCAGGGGCAGAGCGCGGCCGGGGAGAAGUCCGAGUGACAGCGCCAGGAGGGAGGGGUUACCAAUCGGCCCACUCCACUGCUUGACACCACCCAAUUAACUAAUUAACGGCUGCAGGGGGCAGUGACCUUGAGUGGCGCAGCUUUGUGUGGGAGUGAGGCCUCAGAGUUUUUAACUGUAAGCGAGCUCAAUAAAGACUGUGCUACUCC